GAACUGAUCAUCCAGAGUUAUAUAACUGGUUGAUCAGUGCUGAAUAUUGUGCACUGCAUAAGUCUUUCAGACCAGUUGUUUUAGAGUGGCUUGAACUAGUCUAUGAUUUAAUAUGUGGAAUUCGUCAUUCGUAUGUACAAGAGUGGUAUAUACCAGCGAGAACUCUAUUUCAAUCAGAUUAUGAUAAUAUUUUAAAAAAUCUCAAUGAUAUUGCUGAUAAUUUAUCAUUAGAUAAAAUUUCAGACUUUUUAAAAGUACGUGGUAGUCAUUUAAAUGUUUACUAUUCUAUAUUAAAUGUGUUAAAGCUAAAUCCAUAUUUACAUAAAUUUGUACUGUUAGUACAGAAUAUACAAAUUGAUUUAGAUCUUGAAAACUAUAUUAGACAAGCAGAACAAUUGGCAUCCCUCUAUUUGUGUCAAUUUGAAUUAUUUCGUACACAUUCACUACUUAAAAAUGUUUAUAAUACCAUAGAAAAAGGGUUCGAAUAUGAGUUUCUUGAUCUAACACCAACAAUUACACUUGAUCUAUGGCCAAAAUGUUUAGAACCCACAUUAGAUGCAAUUGGAGAACGUUUUGGACAGAAAUUGGCUAGUAAACUUCGUGCUCUUCCAUUUUGUCUCGUAUCAAAAUGGUCACGUGAAGGUAUUCAGGAUGAAGAUGGCCAUAUUGAGUUUUGUUAUUCAUUUUCAAGAGCUGAAAUUCUAAUAAGUCUUAAUCGUACUGAAAAACAAACAGCAUUUUCGUUGGUUAUUAAAAGAUUAUUUUAUCAAAAUAUUUUUGAUUUAUAUAAAAUGGACGAAAACGGUCAACCAUUAAAACGAAUUGAUUCAUAUUUAGUUAAAAUGUUAACAUUCUGGUAUAUUGAAUUAAUACCCGAACUAGAAUGGGAAACUGUGACAGACAAAAAUGAUGCUCGUUCAGUUGGACCUUAUCUAAUGGGAUUUAUUGAUUUUGUGAUAAAAGCAUUUAAAUCUCAUUACGUUAGUUCCUAUUGGAACAGGAAUCGAUCAACAUCAACAAAUAAUUUGUUAAGAAUGUAUGAUCAAUCAUUGUUGGAUCAGUACGUCGAUGUUCUGCUAAAAAUACGUUACAACCUCAUUGAAUACAUAAUAACUUUGAGACAGCACUCUCAACAAGAAUGGAUUAAAUUAUUUGAAUUAAAUUUUAAAGAAAUUCAUGAUGAACAUCUCUUUGAUAUAUUAAUUUAUUCAUCCGGCUAUGAUCUUCUUCUUCAGUCACAUAGUGAAAUGAAUUCAUACGAUCGAGCUGAUUUUUAUUUAAUUGGAUGUACACUUAAGGAAAUGAGUGAGCAACAUCAUUUUAGAAUGUCAGCAUCAAAAUGGCAUGAAAUAUUUGAUGUUAAGUCUAUGUAUACUCAUGAACAAUGUACAAGUGGUUGGGUGAAACAACAACGAGUAAACGAAGACUAUGGAGAAGUUGUCGAAUUUGUCCGAACGUCAUUAUCAGCAAAUGCAAAUAUCUUUUUUCCCAAAAUAACGACAAUCAAUCUUCAUGGAGAAAUGGGUAUCGAAUGGGAAACAUAUAAUCCAACACAAGCAGAUACCCGAUUUGAACCGUUAGAUUCAACCUAUGAAUUUGCGUUGACAAAAGAAACAAGUAUGUAUAAAAAAGGUGUGAAUUAAAAGCUGUGGUCAGCAGUAAAAAGCUUUUACAUACUUUCUAGAACAGUAACUUUCUAACGGAAUAAUUCUCAAUUGAAUCCUUGAUCUCCGAAAGGAUCAUCUGUUUCUUAUUUAAAAAAAUAAUUUUCUUUACUACAACUUCAUCUGUACUUUUUUUCUACUUCUAACAGAUGUAAAGAAAGAGUCAAACUCAGUGGAUAUUUCAAAUGACUGUGUUUUUUCGAAUAACAAGAGUAUACCGAAAGAUAAGAAAGUCGUUUAAACGCAUAUACAACAACUUUUCGUUGGCGAAUUAUACUUUUUUUCUAUUGUUACCAGUAUAUUAUGCGACUUUUUGGUUUGCCAUUAACUACUGUAUUUACUUGUGUUUUCGUUAUAAAACUGUAUAUGUUCAGAUUGUUUUCUUUUUUGUACGAUAUUGUAGAUUGCUUCUCAGAAUAAAAGGACAGUCUAGAGGAUUUUUCUGAAUCUUCUAGAAAUUUAUUAUUCUUCGGUAGAAUCUAUCUGGAUUUCAGUGUGCCUAGGACAAUUCAAGCGAUGCUUUAUAAGGAUUUUAAUUAAGAAAACUCUAAUAACGUACUGGCGCGAUUUUUCAUAUAGUAGUUAUUUAACCAUCGACAUUUAUCCUUUUAGCCAUCGGCUGCCACUAAUAACAGAAUAUUGAUUUGCUACAUGAUCAUAUAUGCCCCUGUCUUGUGAAAGUUGUGACAGUUUAAUAAUAAAGUAGAUUUAUCGCGAGAACGAUCUCGUCCUUCAACCACUAAACCGACUGAAACUAAAGCGAAAUUUCAUGGUUACUCAAGUAUUGUACAAAAUGGUACAAAACAUUAAACAUUCCCACUAAGAAAAUUCCUAAAUGAGAAAAUAAUGUCAGAAAGAGUAAAAAAAAUAGCUCACUUUGUGAGCAGCAUACAAGAAAAAUGUGUAAAUAAAUGAAACAAAUGUUAGUAUAAAAGCAUGCACCAGAUUAGAGAGCGUUGAGCUAACUAGUACUACAUAGAAAAUCUAAUCUUCAAUGAAGUAAUCAACCGCAACUCAACUAAACUACAUGGUUGAGGAGAGAACAAAAAAGGUAGAAAUCACAAACGCCAUAAGUGGCAGAC